ACAUUGCAGCCCCCACAGCCCCGCCGCGGCCCGGUGCGUUUGGGUGCAGAAAAUGGUAGCCUUCCCUGUACGGAGGGCUGGACGGCCCUGCAGGAGGGCGCGGUCCGGAGGCUACGACCCUUUGGAAGCAUCUGCCUCUUUCACCACUGCGAACUUUUCCGAUAUCCGCGCCCCGCCGCGUCCUUGGUCUGCGGGUCUGAGGGUCGCGGCGGUGCACCCUGCGGCGAGAAUCAGGAGAAAGAGAAGGAGACUGCCAGGAUAGGCCCAGGAGUAAUGGAAUUCAAAGAGGAACAAGUGGGAAAAAAUUUCAACAUGGAAAAUGCCCCUCAGGAAAACGAAGGAGUGGAGCAGAACCCCGUGCUGAACGGAGAGGAAGCCCACCAUGUGGCAAGGGGUGAAGGCCAGGUGCCUGGAGGAAAUGUCAGCAGGAUGCAGAUUAAGGGACUUGUCCCUAAUUUUCGAUGGGCCAUACCUAAUAGACAUAUUGAUCACCAUGAAGUAGGAGAUAAUGACGAUGGAUUCAUAGAGCAGAUGACUGAAAUCAGGAGAAAGAUUAGAGAGCAACAGAUGAGGCAUUAUGUACACCCCCAAACUCCUGAACCUGACAAUCAUGAUGGCUUUUCUCAUACACCUUGAAUAUUAAGGUUUUCCUUGAUAGCCUCUGCUUUUCAAGCUUGUAUUUUGUGAUUUACUUUUGCUGUAAACAUUUUGGUGUUUCCCCUUACCAGUCUCUAAUUGAAUAUUGUUUUGUUUCAGUCUAAAAGUUUCUAUCAGCAGGGCAGUUUCACCAUUUUUAGGAAUAAAAUAUUCAUUUUGUAUUGUGAGAUGAAUAAAAGCAGUUUAAAAAACAAACUAUAUCACAUCAUAUUUUUCUUCCACCCCAGUCUGUAUUUUCUGAUAAUGUUACCAGUUACCUGGACUCAAAACCUCAGUUGUCUUUGACUAUUAUUUUUUCUUGUCCCCAACCAUUAAGAACUAUUGUACCCAUAAUUCAAUAGCCAAUAUAAUUUUAAGAAUGUAUGUCCUAGUGUUUUCAAAGAGUGAUAGUCCACCAUCUGCCUAAAAACACAUGGGGAUUUUUUGAGAAUGCUGGGCCUCUAGCCCUCAUCAUCUCCACAAGGUGGGGCUUCGCAAUCUCCAUUUUUAACAGUCUUCCCAGAUAAUUUCA